AUGGACGAAGACCGAAACCUGCCAAAGUAAGUCAAAACUGAUUAAAAUAUGAACUAAUAUACACAGAAGUACUGUUUUUAAACCAUUUUCAUUCAUUGAAUGUUUAACUUAUUUAUAAUUUAGGCUUUUUCAACUGUUUAAGAGUUUAUAUAUAAACACUCAUUUUAUUAGACAUGUAACUCUGCACACCGUUAUUUAAUAUAUACUUUUAAUAUUGAUACUGUAUUUAAACAAAAUGCAUAUUUACCUCCAUGUAUAAAACCCACCUGUAAUAUUAUAUGUAUAUAAAUUUCUUCACAAUGACAAUCACUCCACUGCACUCCUCAUCAUUGUACUUUUGCACUACUGUCUUUUAUAUACGAGUUUAAUGUCCACUUCAAGCUUGUUCAUACUUUGUAAUUUUUUUAAUAGUUUAUAAUAUUAUAAUAUUAAAGUAGCUAGAAAAGUUGAUGUCCUAAUAGUCUGUCUGAUGGUGCCUGAGUGUUUAUUAGUUUUUAUUGUUGAUGAAAUUUUAACUCCGGUAUUUACUGACACUUGUGUUUCUGAACACUUUUACCUCACUUUAUCUGUUAUCUGUGCUUAAGCACAGCUAAUUACAGGCUCUGAGCAAAGUCUUCAUUCAUUUCUAACAAAAUGCCCAUUAUCAACAUGUAUUUUUAAGCAUUUCUAUCUUUUAUUUCUUCAUCUUUUAUUAUAUCUAACCAACAUACUGUGUUUGUCGAUUCUUUAGGAGGCCGUGGGACACUUGUCGAGAGCUCCCCGUCAUUGAAGAUGACCAUACGCCAUGGAAAAUGAUCAAAUUGCUGAGGACCGUCUGUCUUCUGGUGGUCGCCAUAAUUGUUUUCGGGUUGGCUCUCUGCAGCAAGGUUUGUUAAAAAUAAACAGAUAUAAUAUGUACAACUGUGUGUAUGUAGGGAUGGUUUUAAAAAUAUAUAUAUAUAUUUCAUUUUUUUGUCUCCAUCCAAAUUAAGUCAACUGAGCUGUCUUACUCUUCUUCUUUUCCAGACGUCUUUCCUGCUGCUCAUCACUCUGUCCAAUGAAGGCACCAAGGUCCUCUCAGAUGAGCGGAAACCUGUGGCUCUGCUGUGUAUUGGCUGCUCUCUUAUAACUCCCAGUGUCCUUCUCAUAGUAAAGAGCAUCUGGAAAGCUUGUUACAAGUCCUCAAAGAUGCCGGCGAAGGCUACGGUUGCUCUGGUGAGAACAUGUCAAGGCCAUCGUUGAAGCCUGAAAAGACAUGGCGGCUGUCUUUUAGAUUCUCUUUGACCUUCUGCUCACAGUUUUCAUGUCUUCUCCAUCUAUAGGUUCUGUUCUUCGAGUUCUUGAUAUCUCUUGGAGCAGCAAUCCUCACAAUCGUUGCGAUGCCGCACUUGGACAUCGUCACCAACGUCACGAUACUGAACGGUGUAGCCGUCCUCUCCUCCUUCCUGCAGGUGAUCACUCAAUGCAACGCCAAGGAAAGGAACCGUUUCCUGGUGCCUUCAAUCACCGCCUUCCUCCUCCUUUUGCUCGGCUAUGUCCUGUUCCUCUACUUGUACGUUACAAAGGACAGCACUAACACAAAGAUGAUGAUUUGGGUGGGCCUGGCCGUCGGUGCGUCCUUCUUUGUGUCUCUGAACUGGUGGGAAAACUACUUGACACUGAUCAGUCAGAACAGCAGCUCCGUCGUCCUGAAGAGCCUGUGCACAGACGUGAGAAGGAGUCAGAACAUGUUGAAUAUCCUCACCAGUCUGCUCAGAAUCGCAGUGACCGCCGUUGUGCUCGGCAUCUACGUCCCCCUCGCCAAAAUGGACUGGGACAUAGUCAACUUUAUCCCAAGACGUGAGACGAGAAUCAUCGCAAUCAUCAUUGGCGUCCAGCUGAUCUCUUCUGUGCUAUGUCACUGGUUUGCAUUGGCAGCUUGCAAGAUGCACGCCCUGCGACGGUGCUUCGUCCUGCCUCUGUACCUGGCCUCUCUGGCUGUCAUGGCUCUGCUCGUCAUCCCGGUUAUCGUUUACUAUCAGGACUACAGAAACAGUCUGAACGGGACUCUAAAUACCAACUUCACAAACUACUGUGCUGUGGUCGUUGAUGGAAGAAGUGGAAACAUGAAUGGCAGUGUGUUCCCAGAUCUGGUUCUGGAUGUUACGCACACUCUGUGCUUCUUGGAUAUGUCCAAGAUGGCCGACAUUGGCAUCCUGACAGGUAAAAACUUAGAAUUAUAGGGUCACGCUUUCACAUCAAACAAUACCAGUUGAAUUGCAAGAUAUUAUCUGCAUUAAAAAUGUUGGUCCCCUUCAAGUAUUGCUUCCUAUGAUCACCCUUUUCCCUAAUUAAGGAUCAACCAGGACCCUUUUAAGGGUUCUGCCCAAAAUCCAACAAAAAGGGGUUUUGUCUAGAAUCAUCAGGACCAUAUUCAAACUGUUAGGGUUCAUGGGAGGAACUUGUACUGGGCACCUUGGCUCUUGAAGGGCUCUGGGAAUCAAAGAUACCCCAAAAACACCCAAAAUUAAAUCCUGAGUUUGACCCACAAAGUUUGAUAAAAUCAGGGUCAGGACCUCGGUUCAGGUCAGGCAACAGAAAAAAACAAUAAAGUAACACUUCAAACUUGUAAAAUACAUGCAACAGUUUACUCAUCAAGUAUGAGUAAUUGCAUUGGAACAUCAGAACAAAAUAAACUUAAUUGAUUUCACGAUUUGCAUUAAUCAGGGGAAUGUCUUCCCCUCUAAGAAUAGAGGUAAUCUCUGUGCCUGACGCUAAGAAAUUGACUCAUUUGUGAACUUUUGUCUUUUUCCAGGUUCGGCCGUGUCCUGGUGGCUCGGACUUGUGUUGGCCACCCUCCACUUGUGGCAACUCAGUCUGUAUCGCAUCCAGAGGACUCAGGACUUGUUCGUCCGGAGGCUUUAUGAGGGAGGAUUCAUAGAGCAGUCACUGCUCCUCAACACUCGAUUCGACGUCCAGAAAGUUCAAAAGCGGAGACGGUAAGUACACCAAUGUGAAGCGUGGCUUCUUCUACGUGUUACCUAAUAGUGAUUUGCAAAUGUUAAUCAAACAAUUCAUAAAUGACGAGCUCCAAAAGGACAUACCAUGAGGCUCUCAACAAUUAUUAUCUCUGAAUUUAACCUCUUGGUGUAAUUACACACUGGGACAUGUUACAUAAAAGGUGGUGGUUUCAAGGCUUUCAAGUGAGACAAUGGAUGUGUUGGAAACCUGCUUGGUAUUGUUCAAUCUUAAACUAUGAUUAGAAACUAUAAGAGGUGUGUCCUCAAACCUCAGCGCUAAUACUAGACUACGCAAAUAUAGAUGGUUCAGUAAAGGGACAGGUUGAACCGUAUGUUGUUUUUGUCAUGAUGAGGGGUUCUCACCAGUUUCUCAUCAAGCAUGUCUAAUUAUACAAGUAUUUUCAGCUUUUCUGUACAAGCCCUUCUUAUUUCAGAAUAUUUUUGUCUUUGCCAGACUCCGAUCUCUUGAUCCAGUCAAAGUGUUCCUUUGCGCGACCAUGUGGCACGAAACCUACGACGAGAUGAUGAAGAUUGUCAUUUCUAUAUUCCGGUGAGUUUCACAUCAACUGUCCUCUCAGGGAAAUAGAUUUGAUGCGGAUUAAUCCAGAUUUACUUAUCUUCAUCUGAUUCUUAUUACUCCCCAGGUUUGACAAAUACAGGCCAAAGAAAGAAGGAGGAAAAAGUGAUGUGACUUUUGAAGGUCACAUCUACUUCGACGAUGCUUUCAAGAAGGUUCCCGGCAGUCAUGGCCCCCACGUCAACGAAUACGCAGAGAUGCUUGUAAACAUAAUCCGAGAAGUCUACGGGUAAAGCAAGAGAGAUUAACCUUUUAACCUCAAGAGUUGAAAAGUCUAAUAGAUGAUCCUUUGAAUUAAUCUUUUCACUCUUUGUCAACAGCAUCUUCUUAAACAUAGAUAAAGGACUCUUCAAAAAGCGGCAGCAGAUUCCUGAUCAGUCCAUCAUCAGGACGUCGUACGGAGGACGUCUGGUGAUCACCAUGCCUCACGGGAACACUUUGACAGUCCACUUUAAGGACAGGCAGUUCAUCCGCCACAAGAAGAGGUGGUCUCAGGUAGGAAAGCAAGAAGUAGUUAUAUUGAUACCGGCAUCUGAAGCAAAUCCACCUUGACAUUGGGGACAGCUUGACACGCUAUAGGGUCGAAACCUGUUCUUUUAAGACAACUUAUUCCUCUGUUUAUCCAACAUGAAUCUGCUCAGUCAACCAAAUAUUUUUCCAUUUUCAGGUCAUGUACUUGUACUAUCUCCUGGGCUGGAAGCUUGCCACUAGCUAUUACAAACGGUGGAGCAAAGCAGGGGAAGAUACCGAGCUGAAAAAGGAGUUUGAGGUAAGAUGGUGACAAUUAUCAGCUCUGAAAUCAAACAGGUGUGUGUAUGUGUAAAACAAACAAAAACUGUCUAUUCCUCCAGAGAGAGAAGCACAACACCUACCUCCUGGCUCUAGAUGGAGACACCGACUUUCACCCGUCCUCUGUGAUGCUGCUAAUCGAUCGUCUGAGACUGUACCCACUUGUUGGUGCAGCAUGUGGAAGGAUUCACCCCACUGGAUCAGGUUGGUCAUUUAUAAACAUGCCUUUUUAAAGCAGCGAGGAUGGUGUCAGACAGUAGAAACCACCAUGUUCAGGCUUCGAGUCAACGCUUCUUUCCUUUCCGCGCAGGUCCCAUGGUGUGGUACCAGAAGUUUGAGUACGCCGUCGGUCACUGGCUUCAUAAGACAGCAGAGCACGUGUACGGCUGUGUGCUCUGUAGCCCGGGAUGCUUCAGUCUGUUUAGAGCAUCGGCGCUGAUGGACGACAACGUAAUGAAGAAAUACACAAUCAAGUCUUCAAGGCCUGCACAUUACAUCCAGUUCGACCAAGGUAAGAGAAAAGGCAGAUAAACAGAGGGAUGGUUUUCAAUGAGAGUUGGGUAAACACUUUUUGUCAGACUCUUUUUAGUUCAGUUUUUUAAACCUGUCGCUUCCCCCUGCAGGAGAAGAUCGCUGGCUGUGUACUCUUCUGCUAAAGCAAGGAUGGAGAGUGGAGUACAACGCAGCGUCAGACGCUUACACCAACGCCCCAGAGGAGUUCAAAGAGUUUUUCAACCAGGUGAUUUCAAGAGCCUCUUCAAAUAAUCGUUGCUUUUGUUCGGUCUUGCACUGCCCAACACGUUUGUUUUUUGUGCUGCUCCAUGUGACAGUAAAGUGGUUCUUUGGGCUAGACAAAACUUUAUGGCCUUUUAUUGUGCUUAUUCACAUUGUAAAAAAAGAUAAUUACCUGGUACUUGUCUAUAAAACAAAGGCAGGAAUGAGCCAAAAUAGAUAUGUAGUUAUGCUGUUGAAAUCAUGUAGAGGGAACGUCAUGGCUUUAGAAAUAUGCUGUUGUGUAACUGACCUCUAAGUUACAUAAAUGACUAAGAAAACACAAAUUCAGCUUUGUCAACAUCUAAACAUAAUGUGACAUGUUUCCAUUUUACCUUGUGUGAGGUUGCCAUGCUCACUACUUUCAAUACUUUAACGUUUCACCACAAGUCUGUCGCUAAGCUUUACUUGCUGUUUCCAGCGUCGUCGUUGGACUCCGUCCACCUUGGCCAACAUCGUGGACUUACUCGGCUCGACCACCGUGAUCUCAAAGAGGAACCCAUCUAUGUCCAAACCCUACAUGUUCUACCAGCUCGUCAGCUUGGCUUCGUCGGUUCUGUCUCCGUCCACCGUCAUCCUCAUGAUCGCAGGUCGGUCCUGUUGAGGGAUCAGUGUCACUACUAUUGAGUUCAAAUUUCUUGAUGUCCAAAAAUUACGUUACUGAGGAAAUAGUCGAAUCUUGCUUGAGAAACAACCUUUUAAAAAGUUGUUCCCAUGUUUUAUUUUGAUCACUUUAAAUCAUUUGAGACCUCACUUUGUUGAUAAAAUCAGACAAAAAUGUGUGUUUGAGUGUGUUUUUAUGAUGACUUCUCUUAACAUUUGAUUAAUUAUUAACAUCCGUAAGCGCCAAAUGAAUUGAUUAAUUUAGAGUACAGACGUUGUGAAACCAUUAUUCUUUUGUUUACCUCCCUUCGUCCUUCAGGUAGCUUGACUGUGCUGCUUGACAUCCAUCCUAACUGGGCUCUGUUCUUGGCUUUGAUACCUCCCGUCAUCUUCCUCGCCGUCAGCUUCAAAAUCAAGGCAGACACUCAGAUCCUUUUCGCAGCGGUCUUGGGCGUCCUGUACGCCUUCCUCAUGAUGAUAUCAGCACUGGUCAUAAUCGGUAUGUGUUGCACAAAUGCUACUAAACCUCUUCACGACGAAAGGUCUCCCGCUUUUAAGUCCCAUGAUCAUUUUUUCCUUACUUUUUAGGAAGCAUGGUGGAGCAACAAACCAUCAUGACUCCCAGCAGCCUCUUCAUCAUCGCCCUCGCCUGCUUCUACUUCGUCACUGCGCUCCUGCAUCCUCAGGAGGUUGGCCUGAUCGCCUACGGCUUUCUGUACAUCCUCUGCAUCCCGAGUGCCUACCUGCUGCUGGCUGUUUACUCUAUGGUCAACAUGAACAAUGUGUCCUGGGGCACAAGAGAGACGAUGCCCCCUGCUGGACCUGCUCAACAAGCAGGCGCAACCCCUCAAACCCAAGCUCAGAAAGGUAGUAACCCCUAACCCUAACCCUGACCUAAACAGUAGUUGGGAUAAAUACCUUCAAUAUGGAGCUACUAUCACUAUUAAUCAGUAUCCAGACGACACUCCGUUCUAUGUUUGUAAUUCGUUUUUUUGUUUUGCAGCCAAAAAUGCAUUCACUCGUUUCUUUAUGCGAGCCAAAUGCUGCAGGAAACUGUGCAGAAAAGAAGACACAGAAGAGCUCAUCAGCAACCAGGAGGUUGAGGUAGAGAGGCAGGAACCCCAACCCCAAAACACCAUUGUGGAGGAUGUGAAGGAGGUGCCGAGGUAAGACGGUGUGUCUUUAGCAACCAAAGCAACCUUAAGGAGGUGUGUUAAAUCAGUGUGUUGCAAAAUAACUAAGAAAACGAUAAAAUAAUGCUACCUACCUUGGCAGUUACUCCAAACAAACAUGGCCUCCAAAAUCAAUGAGAGGAGAGUUGACUACAUUUUUUUAAAUUCAGAAAUGCUGCGUCGGAAUUCCUUAUUGAUUAAAAAACUUUUACGCAAUGUCUGAAUAUAAAAAUAGUUGAUUUGCACGUGAGUCAAGUGAUAGUGAACAUAGUUUUCCAUAUCUAGCUAGUCUUAAAGUUUGACUCCGACAACUGUAAACUAUGAAAAAUAUACUUUUAAAAUCUAUUUAACAGUCAGUGUUUCAUCAGCGACACAAAACCCCGAAGUCUCCAAACUGGUUUUCUGUUUUUUUUCUUGAAUCUUUCUUUUCUAGACAAGCAGAGCCUGUUUUCUCCUGUCCUAGUCAGUGUAAGUCUUAUCAACAUUUAGCUUUAAAUGAGUUUCAAAACGAAAAUUCCCACAUUUCACGCACUUUCAUGCCACGUGAUGUUCCGUUCUUGUUCUUUUGUCCAGGUUGGGUCACGCAGCUGCAGAGUUUGUCAGACGACAUGCGCCUCUACGAGGACGAGCUCGAUCCGGUAAAUUCUCAGUUUUAUUGCUCUCUGUUAGCUUCUCUCUGACUCACCGUAAUUGUCUUGUGUGUGUUUGUUCUCAUUAUCUGUGAUGAAAAUAGAAAAUGACGGCCAUAAAAGUAAAUUUGCUGCACGUGCGCUAACAUGAGUGAUCAGUCAGUUUACGAGGAAUUAAAAAGUGUAAUGGUGUUUUAAAGAUGGGGUUGCAAACAGGAAAAAGAGCAGAUAGAAGUAAAUUGAUGAUUUAAGGAUCCUUUACUCUUAGGGAGGAUAUGAGCGCUAUUUACAGCAGCUUUUUACAUGUGUCCUGUCAAUCCAUAAGCCAAUGAAAUAUAAAAAAACUUGAGUUCUUUCAGAAAAAUAACAAACUCUACAACACUUUUGUUUCUCUGCAGGAGGAAGACCAGUUUUUCCGAGAGCUCACUGCCAAAUAUUUGGAGCCUCUUCAGGAAAACAAAAAGAAGCAGGAAGAAAUGGCUGCUGAGCUGAAAGAGCUGAGAAACAAAGUAAGAAAAUAAAAAUGUGUUUUAAACCUUUUAUCGAUGUGUUUGACUGUUAUGAAACAAUACUGAUAAAGCUCUUCAUGCACAGGUCACCUUCGUCUACUUCAUCUGUAACGCCUUCUGGAUCGUAGCGACCUUCACCCUGCAGGUCACAAACACGUCCGUCUUCAUCCAGGUGCCGAAGGUUGACAUAAACCUGCAGUACACCGGAGAGUACCUUUACAUCGAGCCCAUAGGCUUCAUGUUCAUCAUCGCUUUUGCCCUGCUGGUCCUCGUCCAGUUCAUCGCCAUGUUGUAUCACAGGUAACAACUGGCGGUUCCUUCAGAAGUGUCAGUGUGACGAGGACGUGUCCGUCGGCCUUUUUACCUCUAAUGUUGUCAUUUGUUUCCAGGAUAUACACCCUGAUCCAUUUUGUGGCCUAUCUGGAUACAGAGUCCAGGCAGGAGAAACAGAUGUAUGAAGUCAAACAGGUAAAUACGACAGUUUUACAGCUGCAAUUGUUAAUGUUAUUCAACAACCGGCACAUGAAGUAUUAUUGUAGUUUUGCUCAGUGGGCGGCUACAGCAAACUCAUGGUAGCUGCUGCUCCUUCUUUGUCUCCUUCAGCAUCAUAUCCAUCUAUAUUCAAGGUGAAGUAGGCAGGAUCUGAGGAAGUGCCAGUUUUUAGGAGAAAUCUUGAAUGGGGCCCAGUCAACAUAAAAGUUAACAGCAUUGGUGCUACUGUAGAUGCCAACAGACUACCAGCCAACACAAUGUUUGCAGGACUUCUACAACGAGGAUAAAGUGACAUAAUUCAGGACCUGAGGUCAACAGUUUAGCAGCGCUACAACACGCAGCAGGUCCCGUUUGACAAGAAACACUUCUGUUACAGACACUUGUCUUACUUUGUUAAAGUGGUUUACCUGUCCAGCAGAAAGGUUACAGGGUCCGUAAGAUCCUGAAGCCUUCACUGAUGUGUUAUGUUGACUUGGCAUUUUAGCUCUUGUCCGGUCUACCUCCAUUUUAAGCGCCCGUUAUUCCGCCAGAGUCUCCGGUAUUUACUUUGUUUUCUUGCUUGUGUCGGCAGUCGUGGCCAAAGGAGGAUUCAGACAAUUUUCCGAACUUUCUGGUUGGUUUCUACUGUCCGAUAUUGUAGCACGCUAACAUUUGUUUGGGCUCCUGUAUGUUAUUCAAGGAUAGGGGAGCAGCGUCUGCCUCACAAACAAUCAGGUUGGGGGAGGCGGAGAACGGCUUUGUUUACAGUCAGAAAGAGCGGACCGAUCAAAAAUGUUAAAAUGUUGACUACACAGACAUAACAAAACACAGCGAUAUCGUUAUAUUACCAAAUGUCAUAUAUAUAUAUAUAUAUAUAUAUAUACAUACAACAAAAAAAGAUGCUUCUUUGACAGAUUCCUGCCUACCCCACCUUUAAGGGUUGCGCAACAGCUUAUAUUUACUGGUUGUUUUAAUUAUAGUCGACUUGAAGUUGAAUGAAUUGUUUUGCAUCUGAUGAAUGUAAAGUAAACACUGUAAUUGAUGCUGUGAUUGCAUCAAAUCUUUACAGGAAGUGCCAAUUAUUAUGUCAGCGCUGACCACAGAAUAAAUACUGACUCAUCGCUGAUUACAGCCCACACCCACGCUAACGCGGCGGUGGAAAGUUUGUUGGCACGUUCGUUGUUCUAGGCGUGGUGGCUCAGCACUGAUGUGAAUUAUAAUUAUGUGAAUACUCCGCAGGUCAAAGACGACAAAGAUGAUAAAGAUGAUACAGCUGAUAAUGACGAUGAGAACAAUGAGGAAUAUGAAGACGAAUUUGAAGACGAUGAAGAUUACGACAACGACAGCCUCAUGUUCCCCAGUCUGCACCACAGGGCCUACGACAGCGGGACUUUGGUGUAACUCGGAGACGAAAACAAACACAACUAAAACCUCUUUUAAGCACUUUGAAACUAACUUUUACUCUUUGUUUAACUACCUG